CCGUCACCGCUGACGCCAGUCGCCCCUUACGACUACCCCAUCUCCUUACGACCAGACCAGAACUCGAGGGUCUGUCCAACAACAGUAUCACGGUUCAUUCCGAUCACAUCAAGAUUAGAUCUCCUUCCCCUGUAUCCGCGGGCACCCUAUUAUUAUUCCCCACCUCUCUCUCUCUCUCUCUCUCUCUCUACAUUUCCGGAAAAAAGAAAUCACUCCUUCCCCAACGUUAGCUGUUCACAGCCUUCGUUUCCCAAACCCACCCCGAUCAGGUUAGGGUUUUGAUUGGGGGAAAUGGCGAAUAGGAUAAAGGAAGAUGAGAAGAACGAGAGGGCUAUACGAGCUCUUCUCAAACUACCGGAUAAUCGAAGGUGUAUCAACUGUAACAGCUUGGGACCGCAGUAUGUAUGCACAAACUUCUCAACAUUUGUUUGCACAGCCUGUAGUGGAAUACAUCGGGAGUUCACACACAGAGUGAAGUCAGUCUCCAUGGCUAAAUUCACUUCGCAAGAAGUUAGUGCCCUUCAAGGAGGGGGAAAUGCGAGUGCAAAAGAAAUUUAUUUCAAGGAAUGGGAUCCACAGCGUCAUUCUGCUCCUGAUAGCAGUAAUGUCGAGAGACUUCGGGACUUCAUUAGGCAUGUCUACGUGGAUAGAAGAUACACUGGUGAGAGGAGCUUUGACAAACCUCCAAAUGUGAAGACGGGUGAAGGAGAGGACUCCUAUGAAAACAGGAGAGAAACAUAUCAGGGUGGGUCUCGAAGCCCACCAUAUGAAGACUCAUACGAUCGUCGUUACGGCGACAGACCUAGUCCAGGUGGAAGAAGUGAUGAUAAAAAUUACAGAAGUGAGUCUCGAAGCCCACCCUAUGAAGACACAUACGAACGUCGGUACAGCGACAGACCUAGUCCUGGUGGAAGAAGUGAUGAUAAAAAUUACAGAAAUAGUUACGACGAAAGAAGAAGUCCAGGAUACGAUCAAGAAAGUCGGCAGUAUGGUGAUUUUAGGAAAAGUCCUGCUCGUGCUGGGGUAGUCAAUGACUGGAGACGGGAGGAGAGAUUUGGCAAUGGAAAGAGAUAUGAUGAUGGUAGAAUUUCUGAUGGAAGCUCCAAGAUUGAAGGGAAGUCACCUGAGGGCCAAAAGGAUGUGGAUGUGGCCAGUCCCCCUAUAGUCCGGCCUGUUAGAGAGAUUCUAGGGGAGAAUGUAGUCCCCCUUAAAAUCAUUGGACCUCCAAAAGCUGAUGGUGCCAAGGCUACUGAUGGUUCUAUUAGCGUACAGAGAACUGGAUCUUCCAGUAGCUUGGCAUCCUCUAAUGUCAACCCAGCAGAAAUUAAAAAUGAUAUAGGAACCUUAAUCGAUUUUGAUGCUGUUCCUGAACCUCCUGCAAUUGCAACAGUACCGCAAACACAGCAAACCGUUACAGCUCAAUCGGUUGUGCAGCCAACAGCUUCAUCCAAUGCUGAAAACUGGGCAUUUUUUGACUCCCCCACCGAGGUUAAAGUAACUCAAGCUCCUUCCAAUGCAAAUUCACUGGAGUCGGUACUUUCAGGAUUUUCAGUUCAAACGACUGGAAUACCUGGUUCUGGGGUUAUAUCAACAACUGCGCAUGUGGGAAGCAUGUCAGCAUUACCAUCUUUUAGUAACUCAUUUGGUGCACCCGUAGGGCAAAUGUCAAUGUUACCCCCUGGCAGUAAUCCUCCACCAGGUACUGCUGUAAACAACUUGACCAUGUUCCCCCCUGUUAGUGCUCCCGUAGGGCACGCGUCUGCAUCACCCUUUGGAGUAGGUGCUCCAGGAGCAACUCCUGGACCCAUGUCAGCAAUACCAUCAAAUGGUGUUAAUUCCAUCGGGCAGUGGCCUCCUCAGCAACAUUCUUUAUUUCCUGGUUCUGGCAUUCAGCCUUCUGCGCAUCCAUUCAGUCCACUGAUUAGUGGGCCUUCAAGCCAUCAGCCAUGGAAUUCAUCUCUUCCAGCAAAUACACAAGGGCCUUAUAGUAUGCCACCUACACAAGCAUUCCAGGUUGUAUCGAAAUCUGUCCAGCAGGUUCCUGGUGUGAUAAACCAAUCCGCCCCCCAAGAAGUGAAGCCUAGUGGAAGAAAUGAGCUACCACAGGAUUUAUUUGCUCCUACUUAUCCAUCUUAUGCACCUCUUCCAGGCUGGCAAACUGGUCCUCCCCACGGGUUUGGGUUCAAUAUGCAAUAUAAUACUCCGAUGCCCAUGCGAACUUUCCCACAAUCAUCACAAUCAACUAACCCGUUUGACCUGAACAACGAAGCAUCGUCAGUACAAGCUCCAAUUUUCCCUUCCAUGGCCCCCUUGCAAGGGGCGCUCCCAAACGUGGCAGGUCCAGCAGGCUUAUUGCGCACUUCUAGCCUUGAUACCCCUUCACCAACAUGGAUGCAAUCCCAGUCUUCUUAUCUGCCUGGGAUGCCUCCACAAGCACCAUCUUUUGCGCCAGCAAUGUCUCCCAGUGCAUACAUGGGGCAGCAGAUCCCAAAUAACUUGCCACCUAGGCACCAAACAAUUGUGGGGUAUGGCGGUGAGGUAGCCGCAUUUGGAUCCACAAAUCCAAACCAGCCGAUUCAGCCGCUGAGUAGAAUGUAUUCAGCACCUGCUAUGCCAAAUUCUUUCAACCCUGUCGGAGGGAACCCAUUUGGAUAAAUUGAAAGGUGAUUGCCUUUUUUGUCUCCAUUUUGGGGCAUCAUUUUAUUGCCCCCUUUCGAGUGCCGUUGGGUGGAAAUUUUGGGUUUCCUUUGUUGUUGUAGAUUAAGUUAAAUGAUCCAGCCAAAUGUGAUUAUCGCUUGAAUUCCUGGGUAAGGUUCAGUUAUCCUCAUUGGCCAUGUAGAAUUAGUGUGUUAUGCUGGAAGAAAAUAGUUUGGGUGAGAGAGGUAAUCGUGAAGCAGUAUAUAAUUGCAGGGUCAUCUUUUUAGUUCUCCAUCGGGUGAUCUGUACUGUGCCUUUUCUCUCCAGAGUUGUAUCAAUUUUUCCAUUUGUAAGUUUGUAUGAUUUCGAAAUUUUCUUGAUGUGAGGUCAUGACGUUAGUGUUUUUGUAAGAGUGUUUGUAAAGCAUGUAGUUUGUAUUUGUAACACUAGUGGUAUUGAUAUUGAUAAUUAUAUAUUAAAGUUUGAAUAAAACGGCUGUUUCCUCAAA